AAACAUAUUUGUAGCAAACCCAAAUUGCACCAUCAUCGAAAAACACAGACGCAAUCAGGGCAGAGCGCCAUCUAUGGCGACAGAAAGAAGCUCCAAUUGCCGAGAACCCAAAAUGACUAUGCAGACCUCUCAUGGCCUCCUCUCGACGGAAGAUUCUCUCCUACUGCCGGAUCUCCCGCCGGAAAUCAUCUUCCAAAUACUGCCGAGACUUCCAGUCAAGUCUCUGCUGCGAUUCAGGUGCGUUUCAAAAUCAUGGCGUUCUUUGAUUUCUCAACCCCAAUUCGUGAAAACCCAUCUCAGUUUAGCAUCUAAGAACACUAGUUAUGCCCACCAUAGACUCAUUCUAACCGGCCAGUAUCCACCUUCUACUGGUGUCAAGUCAUGCUCUCUUUACUCCAUUUUGAAUGAGCAAUCCGAUACUGCUGUUGAUCUUGACUGCCCUUUGAAAGGAUCUCGUUGGAGAAUAAUGGUUGUUGGUUGCUGUGAUGGUUUAGUGUGCAUUGCAGCCGGAAACGAAGUAUGCAUUUGGAACCCGUCUACUAGGAAAUCCAAGAGAUUACCGAAUGCCAGAAUGCCGUACUUAUUCUGUAGGUAUGGGUUUGGUUAUGACGAGUCUAUUGAUGAUUGCAAGGUGGUGGGAUUCUUCAGUAAUUCUGGGGCAGGCUGUGGUGAUGUCAAGGUCAAGUUGUAUACUUCAAAAACAGAUUGGUGGAGGAGUAUUUUAGACUCUUCUGAUUUUAUACCUUGGAAUGAUUCAGGGAUAUAUGUGAAGGGGGCCCUUCAUUGUGCCCCCUGGGGCAGGUCCUGUCAGGUUAUUGUUUCUCUUGAUUUGGCAAAGGAGAAGUUUGGAGAGGUUUUGCAACCUGAUUAUGGAGAUGGUCAUUCUCAGUCGAUGCUGGCUGUUGUAAGUGGAUGCCUGUGUGUAGUUCGCAACUAUGAUGGAGCUUGUGUUGAUGUAUGGAUGAUGAAGGAAUACGAUAGAAGAGAGUCUUGGAUCAAAUUGGUUGUGAUACCUUAUGGGAAUUUAAAUUAUUCCCCACCAUUGUGCAUUUUGAAGAAUGGUGAAGUUUUAUUGCAUAUCCAGAAGCGUUGUGUUUGGACACAUUUAGUUCGCUACAAUCCAAAGGAUGUCACCUUUACUUAUCCUACACUUCAUAAUUGUCCCUCGUAUUUUGUUGCGUAUCCCUACAUUGAGAGCCUAGUCUUGCUUGAUACACUGGGGUUCGAUUGCAAUACGACUUCUUAG